AUGGUCCACAGCCCGAUUGAGUUUCCUGGCCGGACAGACAUCAUCAACCUCACUGGUGAAGAUGACACUGAACCUGACACCGAGCCAGCAGGUGAUGACACCACGCGCACUGAAGUUGUCGACGAGGGCAGUGACAGUGACAGUGGCGACAGCUGCGGGAGCACUGGACCCAUCAAUGAGGAAUACAACACCAUGCACAAGGCAGGAAGCCAAGUUGCCCUGGGCGAGGCUUCAACAGCGACCAGUUGCCGCGCCAGCAGCCAUGCCCGUGCCCAAGCUCCGGGCGAACACCGCUAUCUGUUACGGUCCCAAUCUCGCACCGGUUCAUCCGGCCCGGCACGCAGCACUACCAUAGGAACCAAGGAAGGGGCCAGUCCACCCUUCAAACCAGCACUCGGCGCGCCGAUGCGUGCCUUCUUUAGAACUAUGCGUGUUGGCAGUGAGGAGGCAUAUCAGAUUACCUUCCUGCCCGAUCGGGCGGAUAGUUCGAAUUCCGUCUUAAAUGGGCUGAAAGCAUGCCUGGCUCGCAGUUAUACAGAAGAGUCAUUCCCUGCACACAAGAAGCAACGGCGGGCGUGA